AUGGACACCUUCUCCAAAUCUGACCCAGUGGUGGUCCUCUUUGUGCAGGGCUCAGGGAGCAGUGAGUGGAAGGAGUUCGGGCGCACCGAGGUGAUCGACAACACCCUGAAUCCCGACUUCGUCCGGAAGUUUGUCCUCGACUACUACUUCGAGGAGAAGCAAAACCUCCGCUUUGACGUCUACAACGUGGACUCCAAGAGCUGCUCAAUUUUAAAGCAGAAGGACUUCCUGGGGCAGGCGUUUGUGGCGCUGGGGGAGGUGAUCGGGUCCCAGCGGGGCCGCCUGGAGAGAGCCCUCACGGGGGUCCCGGGGAAGCGGUGCGGGACUAUCCUGCUGCUGGCCGAGGAGCUGAGCAACUGCCGGGACAUCGUCACGAUGCAGCUGUGCGCCAACAAGCUGGACAAGAAGGACUUCUUCGGAAAAUCCGACCCCUUCCUCGUCUUCUACCGCAGCAACGAGGACGGCACCUUCACCAUCUGCCAUAAGACGGAGGUGGUGAAGAACACGCUCAACCCGGUGUGGCAGCCCUUCACCAUCCCCGUGCGCGCCCUCUGCAACGGCGACUACGACCGGUACGGGGACGGGGACAGGGGCAGCCGUGGGGCCAGAGCAAGGGUAUGAGCAUCUGCUUCGCGGGUUUGGCUCCGCAGCAGCAGGCAGCUCAGAAUUGCGCAGGUGCUGAACCCCAGGAAGAAAUGCAAGAAGAAGAAAUACGUGAACUCCGGCACCGUGACACUGCUCUCCUUCUCCGUCGAGUCCGAGUUCACCUUUGUUGACUACAUCCGGGGCGGGACGCAGCUGAAUUUCACCGUUGCCAUUGACUUCACGGCCUCCAACGGGAUGCCGUCGCAGCCCACCUCGCUGCACUACGCGAGCCCCUACCAGCUGAGCGCCUACGCCCUGGCGCUCAAGGCAGUGGGGGAGAUCAUCCAGGACUACGACAGCGACAAGCUCUUCCCUGCCUACGGCUUCGGCGCCAAACUCCCACCCGACGGCAAGAUCUCCCACCAGUUCCCCCUGAACAACAACGCGGACAACCCCAGCUGCGCCGGCAUCGAGGGCGUGCUGGAGUCCUACCUCCAGAGCCUGCGCACCGUCCAGCUCUACGGUCCCACCAACUUCGCCCCCGUCAUCAACCAGGUGGCUGGGGCAGCCGCCCAGGUGACCGACGGCUCGCAGUACCACGUCCUCCUCAUCAUCACCGACGGCGUCAUCUCCGACAUGCUGCAGACCAAGGAAGCCAUCGUCACCGCUUCCGCCUUGCCCAUGUCCAUCAUCAUCGUGGGAGUGGGUCCGGCUGAGUUUGAGGCCAUGGAGGAGCUGGAUGGUGACGAAGUACGGGUGUCUUCCCGGGGACGCUACGCCGAGAGGGACAUUGUACAGUUUGUGCCGUUUCGGGAUUACGUGGACGACUCGGGAAACCAGGUGCUGAGCAUGGCCCGCCUGGCCAAGGACGUGCUGGCUGAGAUCCCCGAGCAGCUGCUCUCCUACAUGAAGACCCGCGACAUCAAGCCUCGCCGGGCGGACCCCCAGUAG